GUCCCCGUCGGAACUGCUGCUACUUGCCGCUAAGACUUGGGUCUGGAAAAUCUCCAUUUCAAUGGCUUCAACCUUCACUUUUCUUCAGUUUCCCCUCAUUCUAUCUCCUCGUCCUAAUAUUCCAUGUCUAAGACCUCAAUUUCGCCGCCAAUAUCUUCCCACCAUUCGAAUUCUCCGACCCUCAGUAGUUCCUUCCGCCAUCGGGCCGGACGGAAAGUUCUAUCCGAACCCGGCCGACGACGACCCUCCGGAAGCUCCGGAAGAUGCCGGCCAUGGAGUUUCGAAGUUUCAACAGAUAUACCGCCAAGCUGCUCGUGCGAAAAAGAUUCAGGAGGAGGAUUUCAAGAAGCAUCAGUCUACUUAUCUGUCGGCCAUUGCUGACGUCGAGGAUGCUCCCGAUAAUGCUGAAUAUUUGAACUCGGAGAGCUCUGGAGAUGAUUUGUUCGGUGAAAUUGACAAAGCUAUUGCUAUGAAGCGGAAGGAAUUCGUGAAGCAGGGACUUCUCAAGCCUAACCCAAAGAAAGAAAAGGCGAUUGAUAAAGAUAUUCUUGAGGGCAUUGAUGAGUUGGAGACCGAGGAGGUCGUGGACUUGGAGGAAAUUAACGAGCUCCAGGGGCUUACGGAGAUUUCGGAGGACGAGAAUGAGGACAAGGACGAGGAUGAAGAGGGGCCGGGGAAUUUGGAUGACGAUGCAAGGGAAUUACAUGGUUCGGAUGAACUAUCUUCUUUUAAUUCUUUUGAUGUGGAUUUUGAUAGCUAUGGAAAAGUUAAGACUAGAAUUGUGGAACCCAAGUUCAAAAUGACUUUAGCUGAGCUCUUGGAUGAAAGUAAGGUCGUUCCAGUUUCUGUUUUUGGCAAUUUAGAGAUAGAAAUAACUGGCAUUCAACAUGACUCAAGAAUGGUUAACGCGGGUGACUUGUUUGUAUGUUGUGUUGGGAGGGAAACUGAUGGGCAUUUGUAUUUAACUGAGGCGGAUAAGAGGGGUGCAGUGGCUGUGGUGGCUAGCAAGGAGAUAGAUAUAGAAGAAACUUUGGGCUGUAAAGCUUUAGUUAUGGUGGAGGAUACUAAUUCAGUUCUUCCUGCAUUGGCUGCUUCUUUUUACAUGAACCCGUCAAAGAAUAUGGCUGUGAUAGGAGUAACAGGGACAGAUGGUAAAACCAGCACUUCCUUCUUGAUAAAGGGGAUGUAUGAGGCAAUGGGGUUGAGAACUGGGUUGUUAGGUACAGUGGCCUAUUAUUUACAUGGGGACAAUAAGUUGGAGGCGCCAAGUACAACCCCGGAUGCUAUUUUGGUCCAAAACUUAAUGGCGAAGAUGCUUCAUAAUGGAACUGAAGCGGUUGUAAUGGAGGUUUCAACCGCUGAACUUGCUCGUGGCAGAUGUGAUGAAGUUGACUUUGAUAUAGCGGUUUUCACAAAUUUGACUCCGGAGUCAAAUUUGGAUUUUCAAGGGUCUGAAGAGGAGUAUAGGGAUGCCAAAGCCAAGCUAUUUAGAAGGAUGGUGGAUCCAGAUCGACAUCGAAAAGUUGUUAACAUUGACGAUCCGAAUGCACCAUUCUUCAUAGGUCAAGGAAAUCCAGACGUGCCGGUUGUUACCUUUGCCAUGGAAAACAAAAAUGCUGCUGUCCAUCCCCUGAAGUAUGAAUUGUCACUAUUUGAGACACAGGUUUUGGUUCACACUCCCCAGGGCAUAUUGGAGAUAUCAUCAGGGUUGCUUGGAAAGCAUAACAUAUACAAUAUUCUUGCAGCAGUGUCAGUAGGGAUUGCAGUGGGAGCACCAUUAGAGGAUAUUGUUAGAGGUAUUGAAGAGGUUGAUGCUGUUCCAGGGAGAUUUGAACUGAUUGAUGAAGAGCAGGCAUUUGGUGUAAUUGUUGAUCAUGCUCAUACUCCAGAUGGCCUGUCCCGACUGCUUGAUUCUGUGAGGGAGCUUGGGCCCAGGAGGAUUAUCACUGUUUUUGGAUGCUGUGGCGAGCAUGACAGGGGGAAAAGACCCAUGAUGACAAAGAUUGCAACCGAUAAAAGUGACAUUACAAUUCUGACAUCUGAUAAUCCAAGGAAUGAAGAUCCAUUGGACAUUUUGGAUGAUAUGUUAGCUGGUAUAGGCUGGACUAUGCAGGAUUACUUGAAGCAUGGAGAAAAUGAUUACUAUCCGCCUCUUCCAAAUGGUCAUAGGAUUUUCUUGCAUGAUAUUAGACGUGUGGCUGUACGUGCUGGUGUUGCAAUGGGUGAGGAAGGCGACGUGGUUGUGGUUGCUGGCAAGGGCCAUGAAACAUAUCAAAUUGAAGGUGAUAAAAAAGACUUUUUUGAUGAUAGAGAAGAAUGCAGAGAAGCAUUGCAAUAUGUUGAUGAACUUCACCAAGCUGGAAUUGACACAAGUGAAUUUCCAUGGCGGUUACCAGAGAGUCAUUGAUACAAGGUUCAAUAAAGGAAUGAAAAUUCUGGACGCUAGCCUCGGAUCAAAAAUGCUACUGGUGGAGUAUUGAAUUGCUAUUGCAAAUAUAUAUUCAAUUGAUUUAUCUACAAGGAGCAGUUUAAGGGCCGUUGCAUUUGGUUGGUCAGAUUGAGGGAAUAAUUACUCCAUAUGUUUUUGCUGUUGCUCUGGUCGUCGGUUGGAUAAGCAGCAACGAUGCGUGCCCGAGUUGGAGAUGGAAGCGAAGAAUCCGAAUCAGUGCUCGUAAUCAACUGUUAUCUGUGUGUGUAGGUCGUUAGGUCAUUGCCUUCAGAAUUUUGAAUGUGUGAUAGAGGGUACUUUUGUAAAUUUAGAAGGAUGGAUAGUUGCACCGACGUUUGCCUUGCCAUAACCACAUGGCUGGUCUGACGGCAGGAACACACCCUGUCCUUCAUGUCGAGGAACUUUCAGCAAGUUUUGGUUAAUUUGCUUCUGAGGUCAAAUUCCUUAAAUUUCCACCAAGUUUCCUAUA